AUGAAUUUGAAGCAGAGUAAUUCUCUUAUUACUAUUCUGCUGAAUUUCAUAAUAUGCACAUUGGUUAUUUGCAAUAUAGCACUUCUGUUUCACAACUUUUCUCUCAACAUUUUCAAAAAACGAAACAUUAUUACUAAGCCAAUCUUAUUGAAUUCUAGUUACACAAAGAAAAUAGAAGUAUCAACUCCAAAAUCCCUUGACUUCGAAGAAACACCACGUCAUUUGCCCCCUCCACCUCAAGAUAUUAAUUAUACAGAAAAUGAGUUAGAAGAAGCGAUAGCUGGACUUCAUAUCCCUACAUGGUCGAGAUCAUACGUCAAAUGCGAUGAUCCUCGUAGUGAAGUUACAUGCACACAAGUCGUUUUAGCAUGGAGAUGUUUAAAUUCAUGGGCCAAGUAUAUAGAAAGUACAAAAUUCGAAGACAGAAAUCACUUUAUUAUGCAGCAUCUUUACGAUGGUGUCGGAAAUAGAUUCUCAACUGAUACAACUACGUUUAUUAUCGCAUUAAUGUUAAAUCGAUCAUACAUUAUGGAAUCAUCCUAUCCUCAAGGUAACAAGAUGGUAUUUGGACAAGCGUUCGAGUUCCAUCCAGAUGUUCUUAUGAGAAAAGAUGAAGUAGAUGAAUAUUUUAAGAGAGAAGGAGACAGAAUACGCUCUAAUAUACAGACAUUUGAUUUAUGGUACUUAUACGAUUACAAUGUUGAGAAUAAGAAGAAGAUUUUAUACGUAGAUUAUUUAUUAUAUGCAACAAUGGCAUAUACUCAUAACCAACUGUCUGAAUUUUCACGUAAGAACUUUGGUAUGCAUGCAGCAUACUUUGUUUGUAAUUUCCUUAUGAGACUUCCGCAGAAAUCUAUUGAAAAAGCGAAGAAAACGUUCGAAAAAGUUCCAGCUGGCUAUAGAAUAUUCGGAGUACACCUUAGAUUCCAACACGCCGGCCAAUUCUACUCCCAUAAUAUCACUAGAACGCUAGAAGUUGUAAUUCCGUUUUUAAAGCGGAAACUUGAAGAGAAACCUACAAUUUUUGCAUUCGCAAGUGACUCAUCUAAGAUGGAACAAGAGUUUAGGAAGCAUUUCGGAAAGCAUAUGAUAACUGUUGACACAAUUCGAAUUGCAGAUUACGACCAUGACUCGGCUUUGAACGAUAUCGCGAUGCUUGAGAUGUGCGAUGAGUGCCUGUUAUCCUAUAGAUCAACUUUCUCUUACGUUUGCGCAAUGAGAAUGGGAAAGAGAGCUUGGUUCGUUGAAAAAGAGGCCGACCAUGUUUUCCAGGCUUCAAAUUCACAGGCCACAGUGGUUUCGGCACUUUUCCAUAACUGGGAUGUAAAUGAUUGGCAAUUAAAUAGAAGAGUUCAUGUAAAUGAGCGAAAUGAAGAAGCUCUUAGAUACUAUUGCAAGUAUUUCCUUGUAUAG